GGGUUUCCGCAUGUGUCAGACAUGGGUUGGACACCUGGCUGACACCUGAAAAUAAAUUGUAGCCGAAUAUAACCAGCUUGGUUUCAUUUUCUGAAAUAUACAGGAAGAGAUCAUCUAGAUCACAUGAAUGCUCAAUAGUCUACUGUGAGCUACUGCCAGUUCCUGAGCUUAACUCUGAAAUUGAUAUCUGAAGACAAGGACAGAGCUAAUCAUGUUCCUGCCAUUUUCGGUGCCUCCAAUUCUCAUUCCGUUGGCCUCUGCAAACCAAGUUGAUCUACUCUUCACCCCAAAGAAAACAUUGGCCAUUGUGAUUCUUCUCUAUUCUUCUCUCUCAGGAAACUGCUAUCUUUACGAACAGCUUUCAACUCCAUUAUCCAGCCUCACACCAAUCAAUCCCCCCCAAAACAACUCCACAGCAACCAGUCUGCCAACAUCCAGCCCCUCAACCAUAAGCCCCGAAACCUCAAGCCCCCAAACUUCAAGCCCCCAAACCUCAAGCCCCCAAACCUCAAGCCCCCAAACUUCAAGCCCCCAAACCUCAAGCCCGCAAACCACAAGCCCCCCAAUAUCCAGCCCCACCACUGGACAUCCCACAACUAUAAGACAACAGACCAUUGCUUACUCAACAAGGCCACAAGACAAAGAAUCCAAAUGUGAAAGCAGCAGUUCUCCAUACAUUGCACUGGGAGUUCUGGGACCACUGCUAAUGCUCUGUGUUCUGUCUGUUCUUUUGAAAAAGCAUGGUAAAAUGCAGCUCGGAUUGGGCACAGCACACAAGGCUCUUCGUGACAGUCAAUGUUUAAGGGAGUCUGAAUUCAAUGUCACAUACGAUGAUGUGGAGAAGAGACAGGCCCACUCGGUGGUCAGGGACAGUGAGGGAGCCUCGCCUUUAUUUGGUGGAGAUGACAACAUCACAUACGCAGAAGUACAGUUUGGCCGGGAAACGUUGUUGGAGAGUGGAGACGAAUGUCCAGUUGGCUCGGACACCAACACAACAUACGCCACCAUCAAGUUUUUCCAGCCUCCAAAGACAUUUGAUCAGUCGAAAUCAGUGACGGACACUGUCGAAAAUAAUGAUAAUCCUUGCAUUUGAUACAGCGCCUCAUCAUG